CUCCGAGAACCCAACACGACGGCCAAUGCCACUGCCAUGCUCGAAGCAAUCGCUCGAGCACCUUCCACGCAUCCGGCGCCGCGCCAUUGCAUCGCGCUCCUCCGCCUCCACCUCGCGUCCCCCUCCGUCGCCGUCGCCAAGCAGAUCCACGCGCGCGCGCUCCGCGCAGCCGGCGUGCCCCUCUCCCACCCUCUCCUCGCCAAGCACCUCCUCUUCCACCUCGCCUCCAUCCGCGCCGGCGCCGGCGCCGCCCAGCUCCGCUACGCCGUCGCCAUCCUCACCCGCCUCCUCCCGGAACCCGACCCCUUCUCCCUCAACACCGUGCUCCGCAUCGCCGCGUCCUCCUCCUCCUCCCGCCCCCGCGUCGCGCUCGAGCUCCACCGCCGCCGCCUCGCGCCGCCCGACACGCACACCUACCCGCCGCUGCUCCAGGCCUGCGCGCGCCUCCUCGCCCUCCGCUACGGGGAGAGCCUCCACGCCGAGGCCGCCAAGAACGGCCUCGCGGCGCUCGUCUUCGUCAAGAACUCGCUCGUCCACCUCUACGGCGCCUGCGGCCUGUUCGAGAGCGCCCACAGGGUGUUCGACGAAAUCCCGCGUCUGCACCGGAACCUCGUGUCCUGGAACUCCGUCAUGAACGGGUUCGCGGCCAACGGGAGGCCCAACGAGGUGCUCACUGUCUUCCGGGAGAUGCUGGAUGCGGACCUCGAGCCGGAUGGGUUCACCAUGGUGAGCGUUUUAACCGCGUCCGCCGAGAUCGGGGCGCAAGCUCUGGGCAGGAGGUUGCAUGCGUAUGUGGCCAAGGUCGGGUUAGUAGGGAACACGCAUGUUGGCAAUGCGCUGAUUGAUCUCUACGCCAAGUGCGGCGGAGUUGAGGAUGCAAGGAAGGUGUUUCAGGAGAUGGGCCUUCGAAGGACCGUGGUCUCGUGGACGUCGCUGAUCGUGGGUUUGGCAGGGAAUGGGUUUGGGAAGGAUGCGCUUGAGCUCUUCGGUGUGAUGGAGAGGGAGAAACUUGUCCCAACUGAAAUCACUAUGGUAGGAGUGCUGUAUGCUUGCAGCCACUGCGGGCUGGUCGACGACGGGUUUCGGUAUUUUAAUCGAAUGAAGGAGGAGUACCGCAUAGAACCGAGGAUCGAGCAUCUUGGAUGCAUGGUGGACCUGCUGGGGAGAGCUGGGAGAGUUGAGGAAGCGUACGAUUAUAUCAGCACGAUGCCGCUGGAGCCCAACGCUGUUGUGUGGCGGACCUUGCUAGGUGCUUGCGCUAUGCACAAGAAGCUGGAGCUCGGGGAGGCUGCCUGGGCACGGCUGGUUGAGCUUGACCCUGGGCACAGCGGAGACUAUGUGCUCCUCUCGAAUCUGUAUGCUGCUGUUGGGAGGUGGGCAGAUGUCCAUGUGCUUAGGAAGACAAUGGUCACGCAUGGAGUCAGAAAGAACCCAGGGCAUAGCCUUGUGGAGCUCCGCAACUCGGUGUAUGAGUUUGUUAUGGGCGAUAGAUCGCAUCCCGAGAGUGAUCAGAUAUACCAAAUGCUAGCUCAGAUAGCUGAGAGACUGAGGCACCAAGGUUACGUCCCUCGCACAAGCAAUGUAUUGGCAGAUAUAGAGGAGGAAGAGAAAGAGGCCGCCUUAAACUACCAUAGUGAGAGGUUGGCCAUUGCCUUUGCCUUGCUCAAGUCUCUUCCUGGCACUCCUAUCAGGAUAGUGAAGAAUUUGAGGGUGUGUGGUGACUGCCAUUCGGUAAUUAAGCAAAUAUCUAAGGUGUAUGACCGUGAAAUCAUUGUAAGGGAUCGCAGUAGGUUCCACCAUUUCAAAGGGGGAGAAUGUUCAUGUAAAGAUUAUUGGUAGUUAAUUCAUGUACAGAUUGACAGUGAUGAACGCACGGUUUAUGAUGUUCCAGGCCCUAUAA